UGUCUCACUCUCUAUUACAUUCUUCAACUCACUCUCUCGCUCUAAACUUUUCAACUUUCAUCUCUCUAGAAGCUUCAAGCCUCCGCCAUGGGGAAGAUCAAGAUUGGAAUCAACGGAUUUGGAAGGAUCGGACGAUUGGUUGCUAGGGUUGCUCUGCACAGUGAGGAUGUCGAGCUCGUUGCAGUCAACGACCCGUUCAUCAGUACUGAAUACAUGACAUACAUGUUCAAGUAUGAUACUGUGCACGGGCAAUGGAAGCACCAUGACGUGAAGGUCCAAGAUGAGAAGACUCUUCUGUUUGGCGAGAAGUCAGUUAAGGUCUUUGGAUGCAGGAAUCCGGAAGAGAUUCCAUGGGCUGAAGCUGGUGCUGAGUAUGUUGUGGAGUCUACUGGAGUCUUCACUGACAAGGACAAGGCUGCCGCUCACUUGAAGGCUGGUGCCAAGAAGGUUGUGAUCUCUGCUCCUAGCAAAGAUGCUCCCAUGUUUGUUGUUGGAGUUAACGAGAAGGAAUACAAGCCAGAGCUUAACAUUGUUUCCAAUGCAAGCUGCACUACCAACUGCCUUGCUCCUUUGGCUAAGGUCAUCCAUGAUAGGUUUGGCAUUGUGGAGGGUCUCAUGACCACUGUCCACUCCAUCACUGCCACUCAGAAGACUGUUGAUGGUCCAUCCAUGAAGGACUGGAGAGGCGGAAGAGCUGCUUCAUUCAACAUCAUUCCUAGCAGCACUGGUGCAGCCAAGGCUGUUGGAAAAGUUCUCCCAGCUCUUAAUGGGAAAUUGACUGGAAUGUCCUUCAGAGUUCCCACUGUGGAUGUUUCAGUUGUUGACCUCACUGUCCGAACUGAGAAAAAGGCUACCUAUGAGGAUGUCAAGAAGGCCAUCAAGGAGGAGUCAGAGGGUAAGCUCAAGGGCAUUUUGGGUUACAUCGAUGAAGACUUGGUAUCAUCCGACUUUGUUGGUGAUUGCAGGUCAAGCAUCUUUGAUGCCAAGGCUGGAAUCUCUUUGAACGAGAACUUCUUCAAGGUCGUUGCUUGGUAUGACAACGAAUGGGGUUACAGUUCCCGUGUGAUCGAUCUGAUCCGCCAUAUGCAUUCUGCUGCUUAAGGGCUUAAUGCCUCCAACAUAUUGGCAGCUUUUGGAGCACCCGGGGGGUUUUUGAGUAUUUAUUCCGAGUCCUGCAAUUCUGAAAAAAGUUUGUUUUAGUUUCUUCUGAUUUUCUUGUCAAGUGAAUAAACGAGAAGAGUCUUGUCUUGAACAGGUUUUCCCCGUUCUUUUUGAGCUUGUAUAAUUUUACAACUUACCUUGGGUUGCUAAUUAGUAAAAUUAACUUUUGUCGAGUAUUCUACCUUA